GGCCCGGUGGGCCUUCCGUGGCGGCACGGCCUGGGUUACGGCGCGACGACCCCCCUGUGCGUUCCUGGCGCUCCUUCAGAGUGCGGCCGGCGCCGCGAGUCAGGGGUUUGCCGGCGCAGAAGAAAGGUGUCGAAAUGCAGUUCUGCGGUGCUUGCAGCUGCCCUCCCCCCCUACAUUUGGACAUCGUAAAUAUGGGGGUGUCAGCCAGUAAACCUCAGCAGAAGAGCCCACGAUGCCUGCUCCUUCCCUCGCACUGCUCCUUGAGUUCUUUGUGCGUGAACGGGACUUUCGUCCCCCAUGGGCUUUGUUCUCCUCCUUCCCAAGGCUUCGGUGUGACGGCCCAGUGCCUGCGUGUGGCCGGGGAUGGGGAACGGCCAGCUGAGCGGGGCCGGUUCCUGUUUGUGUGCAAAUAACUUUGCUUGCACAAGGGGCAGGAAAGGAAAUAAAAGGAAAUUGUGGUCACUGGGUGAGCGUUAGAAGCUUUAACGUUACCAGGAAGUUGGUGUUCGGAGGGGAGUUGGAGAUGUGUCGUAGGCUGUUAUGGUUUGUUUUCAUCCAAAAACUGUUUUAAAACUGCUUUGAGAAGGGACAGCAUCCAUCACUUGACCUGCUUGGCGUCCGUGUGUCUGAGCAGCCUGCCGUCCCGCCGUCUCCCCUUCGGACACUGCAGAACGCGGUGCUUCCAGCCAGGCUCUCGCACGCAGCUCCCCGGGAGCAGGGAGAGGGCCGGGGCAGCACCGAGACGCCGGAGGUGCCACGUGGGCAGAGGAACGCGCGCCCCGAGCCGCUGCCGGGAGGGUGGGGCCUUGAGAAACAGCUGUUUCUCCAUCGGGAUCCUUUUAAUUCCUCCCACUCACCCCAAAUCCUAUUCAGACACGUCCCUUAUCAAACGAAUCCUGUUUGGAUCCCAAGAGCAGUGUUAGCUGGAUCUGUCUGAAAAAGCCUUUAAGCAAGGGCAGCGUUUGCGGCCCCACCCUGCGCUCCAGCCCCGUGGCCGCUCAGCAAAGCCUCCCCAGUGGGAACUCCUCCGGUGUGGGAUACCGGGUGGCCCUCAGCCGCCCGUCUCCUUCCUCGCGUGAGGCAGCGGUGACAAAUACCACGAUGCAGUGUGAAAUGGUGUCCCUUCUCAGCUCCCCGGGAAGUGCUCUCCUGUCCUGUAAGUGCGUUUAACCCGUCUGAAACCAGAGCACCAUGUGUUUUUGUGUGUUAUUCCCUUCCCUGCCUGCCCCCAGGUUCGUGUGCUCCACAAAACUGGUAUUUAUUUAGUGCUGGCUGACCUGCGCGUAUGCAAAUAGCUGGCAAGUUUGUGUCUGUUGGGAGAGAAGCCGGUACGAUUCGUUAACUCUGGUGUAAUUAGGUCCUUUCUUGUGACUGUUGCUGUCAGUGGAAACGUUCAGGCUUCUCCCUAGGAUGGCCGCAUCCAGGAGCCGCUGUCUAGCUGGGAGUCAGUAGGAACACAAAGUCCUGGCCUUAGGAAACACUUGACACCUGAGCUGGCAGCUGCGUCAGAGAGCAAACAGUUGCAGGAUGGCUUUGUGCGGCUGUCGCGGUCCUGAACAGAGCCGCGAUCUGUGGGGGAGUGUGGGAGCCGAGGGCCAGGGAUCCGCUCAGCAGUGGCAGCUCAGGGCGAGCAGUGGUUGCCCCCCAGGGUGGGACCAGUGGGGCCAGUAGGGAAGCGGUGGGGGUGCCCUGUGAGGUGCCCCCGGUGCUGAGCCUGUGGAGACGGGGACAGUCAGCUGGUGUGUCACCCGCCGGGGUCAUCCCUAGCCUGUCCUGGCAGGGUGUGUGCCAACUGUCCCACAUCACCUCCCUUGCUACUUUGAUGCUAAGAAGAAAAGAAAAGUGGCGGAAAUUUAUCAGGCUCUGAACAGCGACCCCAUCGACGUGGCCGCGCUCAGGCGGAUGGCGAUCAGCGAGGGGGGGCUCUUGACAGAUGAGAUUCGUUGCAAAGUGUGGCCGAAGCUGCUGAGCGUUAAUACGGACGACCUACCCCCUCUUCCAGCAGGCAAGGAGCUGCGAGAGGACAAUAAAGAUUACCAGCAAGUGUUACUGGACGUGCAGCGAUCCCUGCGCCGUUUCCCGCCAGGGAUGCCGGAUGACCAGAGGGAAGGGUUGCAGGAGGAGCUCAUCGAUAUUAUCCUCCACGUCCUCAAGCGCAACCCCCAGCUGCACUACUACCAGGGCUACCAUGACAUCGUGGUCACCUUCCUCCUGGUGGUGGGGGACAGACUGGCGACGGCUCUGGUGGAAAAGCUCUCGACGCAUCAUCUCAGGGAUUUUAUGGACCCAACGAUGGAUAAUACCAAGCACAUUUUAAAUUACCUGAUGCCCAUCAUAGACCAGGUGAACCCUGAGGUGCACGAUUUCAUGCAGAGCGCCGAGGUGGGAACCAUCUUUGCUCUCAGCUGGCUGAUCACCUGGUUUGGGCACGUUUUGUCUGACUUCAGGCAUGUCGUGCGAUUAUAUGACUUCUUCCUGGCUUGCCAUCCACUGAUGCCCAUUUAUUUUGCCGCUGUGAUCGUGCUGUACCGGGAGCAGGAAGUUCUGGACUGUGAGUGCGACAUGGCCUCUGUCCACCACCUCCUGUCCCAGAUCCCACAGGACCUUCCUUAUGAGACUCUGAUCAGCAGAGCUGGGGACCUUUUCGUCCAGUUCCCUCCAUCCGAACUUGCCAGGGAGGCAGCUCAGCAGCAGGUUGAACGAACUGCGGCGUCCACUUUUAAGGACUUUGAGUUGGCGUCAGUGCAGCAGAGACCAGACACUGUGUUGAGGCAGCGCUUCAGGGAGCGGCUCCGAGGGGAGGAACGGACAAAAUCCAUCUUGACAAAGCCAAGGACCAACCGCUUUGUCAAGCUGGCGGUGAUGGGGCUGACGGUCGCGCUGGGAGCAGCUGCCCUGGCCGUGGUGAAGAGUGCGCUGGAGUGGGCACCCAAGUUUGAACUGCAGAUUUUCCCCUGAAGCCAGAGGAAGGGCCUUCCCUGUCACCAUGCCCUUCCCUGGCGGGAAGAGGUGAUGUUUGAUGAAAGGACGUGUCUGGAAACGACCUGUCUGAAGAUUAUUUUCUAUUCUUGCUGCGUCCAGUGACGCUUUUGGCCUUUGUGACAGAGACUGAUGGGAACCAGCCCAGCGGGAUUGUUCCCCACACCGACGCUCACCUUGUUCUCUCCUCCCCACGCAGAUGGGCACUGCCGCUGUCUCACAAGGAACCGAGGUACCAACAAGUCGGGCCCUUCAGGCUGCGCACAGGUGACUGUACGAGCGGAGAGCCGUGUGUGGGCUGUGCCAAACGCUCCUGUGUUCUCUGUUGGGGUUAAUUAGUGGGACUGAGGGCAGAUCCUCGCCUGGAGGAGAGUGUCACGGCAGGGUUUGGCCCGGGUGCGUGCGUGUGUGGGGGCGAGGGGCUGUUACACUCCUGAGGGGCAGGGCAGCCCUCUGGCUCUGCAUCACUCCCUGCUGCAGGCUGCCAGCGCACCCCGCUGUCUGUGUUCAGCCUCGCCGGUGGGCCGACCCAUCCCUGUCCUAUAGGCAACCUCUGGGUUAGAGCCAAACCUUUCACAAGCCCCUGUCAGCGCCUGCUGUGAGGUUCUCCCCGGUGUGUAACGCUCCCUGGCUCUUCUUGCUUCCUCAUCUUUGCAGCCUGAUCUGUUUACAGGAGAGAAGGGCAGGGGACAGGAGCAGAUCUGCAGGACUACCAGAGGGAGCUUAGCUCUCGGGCGCUGGGGCUCCUUCACUGGCAGUAGCGCAGUCGUGUCUUGGGUCAGCAAGGUGAGAGGCGAGUGUGGCUCACUCUGCUCGAGGUACGUGCUGUCAUGUGCCAGGUCGCAACACCACACGUCUUAGUGGCACCAGAAACACCCGUUCCAGACGGUUUUUUUACAGCUCUGGAAGCAGGCUUUAUUGCAGAGAAAGGUUUUUUCCACCUUGUGAAACACUUCACAAUGACUUCUGUCCCAUGCAGUGGGAAAUCUGUCAUAAAUCUCCCCCACAAGCUGAGGAGACUUCAGCGUCGCCCCUCGGAAUAACACAAGUGAGGGACUUUCCUGGAAAGGCCGCCCCUGUUCCCUGUGUAGCUCCUGUCUCCCCACCCAGUCCCGUUAACGGUCCCAGCGCUCCCUGCCCUCCAAGCUAAGCAGCAAAUCCUUCUAGACAACUCGGUGUCCCACUGAGACGAAGCCAAUAGACACUGUAUGCCUCUACCUCUCCCCUGAGCUGCUAAACCUCCCGCAAGUGCCCUUACCUGCCCCUUACGGCUCCCACCCAGCUCCCCUGCCGUCCCUGUGUUGUGCCCAAAGCCAUCUGUGCCGUGCCCAGGGGCUGCACACCUGAAAGUUAGGUGUUGGUUGGAGAGUUACAGAUUUCAGGAUAGAGAAGAAAACUCGUGCCCUGCAAGGCUCGGCGCCCUCCUGUCCCAGCCCCCUGCCUGUCGGUUCAUAACCUCCGCUGGGCCGGUUCUGGUUUGCCCGCUGGACCCUCGCUCUCGGAGGGGCCGUGCCUUUCUGACCGUCGGGCUGGCCGGAGGGCGUGCGGGCAGUCGUCACGCCUGACCCGUGUUUCCGUAAAGCUCUGAGCGGAGGAGUUUCCUUUGCCUCUGCGGGCUGAAAGCCAGAGCCUGUGAGUCUGGGGGCAGUGAGACCUGUUCCCCCUGCUCCUCGCUGGUGCCAGGCCUGUCCACACCGCUGCUGGAGCCGGGGGCUGCUCACGGGAGCCGCUCACGGGUCCUCUCUCCCUGUGCCAGGGAAGGCAGAACACGUUUCUGGCCCUCGGCACAGCAGCGGGGCAGAGGGCUGGGUGAUUUAGCACUUUAGAAACUCGUGGUGCAGGAGAGUUGGUGGUGACCUGGGGGUGCUGCUGGAGGUCCCAGGACCCCUCU